UCAGGGCGGAAGGGGCGGGCGGAGCAGCGGCGCUCGGCCAUGGUGGGCAAGGAGAAGGAGUUGAUGAUCCACUUCAGCCCGGGCUCCGUGCGGCUGCUGGAGAAGGAUGUUCAUGUGCCUGACAGACGUGUGCUGGUCACUGGGGCAACUGGACUGCUGGGCCGAGCGGUAUAUAAGGAGUUUCUGGAAAACAGCUGGGAUGCGGUGGGCUGUGGUUACAGGAGGGCGCGGCCCAAUUUUGAAAAAGUGAACCUGCUGGACCCCGGGGCAGUGCGGAGGAUCAUCCAGGAGGUUAAGCCACACGCUGUCGUUCACUGUGCGGCAGAGCGCAGACCUGAUGUGGUGCAGAAUCAACCUGAUUACACCAGGCAGCUGAACGUGAACACCUCCGGAUGCAUAGCCAAGGAGUCAGCUGAGGUCGGAGCCUUCAUGAUAUACUUGAGUACAGAUUAUAUUUUCGAUGGAACAAACCCUCCUUAUCGAGAGAGCGACACUCCUAACCCCCUCAACCUGUACGGGGAAAGCAAGCUGGAAGGGGAGAGGCAGGUUUUACACAAGCACCCUGGCGCUGCAGUGCUCCGUGUUCCCAUCCUCUAUGGUCCAAUAGAGGAGCUGGAGGAAAGCGCGGUCUCUGUCAUCUUUGGGAGCGUUCAGUGCCCAGAGCGAUUGGCUAACGUGGACCACUGGCAGCAGCGGUUCCCCACACAUGUGGCUGACGUGGCUAGAGUGUGCAGGCAGCUGGCAGAAAGCAGGCUGCAGGACUCCUCAAUCAGUGGAGUUUUCCACUGGUCUGGGAAUGAGAGAAUGACCAAAUACGAGAUGGCUUGCACCAUGGCAGACGUCUUCAGACUUCCCAGGGGCCACCUACGACCAGUGAUGGAGGCCCCUACCACGGGUGUGAUGCGACCACGAGACGCCCGCCUCGACUGCUCGCGUCUGGAGAGGAUGGGGAUUGGACAGAGGACCCCGUUCCGGCAGGGGGUGAAGAGCUGCCUUUGGCCCUUCCUCCGUGAUAAGCAGUUACUGCAGACAUUGUUUCACUGACGUGGUGAAUUGGGUCGGUGCUUGGGACGGGGUGGGGGUGGGGGGUGGUGAGGGAGGCUGCUGCAGGAGGGGAGAUUCCACGUUAAAGCACAAAGGGUUUGGAGGGUUUUGGUUACACCUCACCCCCAACCUCCCACACUGGAGGCUGAUCCAGAGCGCUCUCUGCCAUCACAUCCUUGCACACCGGGGUUUAUUCAUACCUCUUGUCUGGGUAAACUCCACAGCAAAUGUGUGCACCCUUUGAAUUGUUCUCCUUCCCUGCUUUGUAGUCUUGUCUGUGUAUGCCUGGAAGCCUGUGUUUCUGCACACAUUCCAUUCAAGGGGAUGUGAUGAUUUAUCCAGCCCUCUCUGACUCCUCCAGUGAAAGAGAAGUGGUUUCGGCAGUGGCUGGUUCAGGUGGUGAUCACUGCUCCUGUCCGCCUCACUGCUUCUCUCUGCCGUGUAGACCACACACUGACCUCGCUUCGAAUCCCCAGCUCUGUCCACACUGCAACAGGUACAAAGCAUCUGACCUGACGAGAGGAGGGAAUUGGUGCUUUAUGGUUUCUCUCCCUUUCCAGCCCUAAACCAGUAAGUCAUCAGCUUAAGUGUUCCCGGUGAGCCUGAGCCUCGACUGGUGCCUGCCUGCUCGACAGUGAGGUUGUACAGUGAGCCUCGUCUCUCCAGGAGACACACAAACUAGGAGCCUCCAGCGCCUACUGCUCCAUCGGUAACGUGGCUGCUCUACCUCGUCCUCGAAUGUACUCAGUGACUGACCAUCCACUGUCCUCUGGGCCAGCCGCUUCCAAAGGUUUGGACACUCGAAGGGUUGGUGAAGAAAACCCCCCCCCAUCUCAGCCCAGGACAGCUGGUGUCUAGUCCUGGCACCAGCCUCCCAUCCAGUAACUGUAGGCUGUCACUCCAUCUCUCCCCGGGACCCCCCCCCAAUCCCGGGCAUCAGUGCCCGGAGUAAACGCUGUCCUCCCCAGACACGGAGCUCCAUCCCUCCCCGGACACCCCCCUCAUCCCAGGACACCCCCAUCCCAGGCAUCGGUUCCCGGAAUAAACGCUGUCCUCCCCAGACACGGACACAGGAGCUCCAUCCCUCCCCGGAUACCCCCCUCAUCCCAGGACACCCCCAUCCCAGGCAUCGGUCCCCAGGGUAAACGCUGUCCUUUCCAGAAACGGACACAGGAGCUCCAUCCCUCCCCGGACACUCCCCUCAUCCCAGGACACCCCCAUUCCGGGACACCCUCCCCACCCCAGGCAUCAGUGCCCGGAGUAAGGGCUGUCCUCCUCAGACACGGACACAGGAGCUGUUUGGUUUCCCGAGUUUGGCUCUUGCCACUUCCGUCCUCUUGCACUCGACAUCCUGUCAGCCUGACUGCCAUUCACUCCCUGGUCUCCGAGCCAGCACAGAGCCCCGAUCCACCAACAUUUUGCUGUUUCUCACCGUUUAAAAUAUUUCCCUGUUGCUUGUAGCAAAGUGAAGGCUUGUAUUUUCCCAGCUGUCAGUAUCGAUUCCCAGACCCUCUCCAUAGCUUGUGUUCCCUCUGCUGUCUGUGGAACCCACAAGAGUCCACAUGUUUUGUGGUUUACUUCAGAGACAUUGAUUGUGACGACCUAUUCUGCUGUUCUCAACUCUUCUUACAGACAUUGAAUAAAAAAAUAGUUUUAUA